AUGACUGAGGGUCAAUCGACACCCCAGCUGGCCUCAGCCACUCAAGCUCCCCUCAGAUCGCAAAAAGUCACAGAAACCGCCCCCUUCUAUCGCCCAAACAAGGGAUUCUUCCCUUGCAAGAAAGAACCGUCAAAAUUCGUGACCUCUCUGGACUUUGAUGAUCAAGGCGACUAUCUGGUCGGCGCUGGGAACGAUGAAAGUAUCCACACUUACGACGUGAAAGAGGGGAAAUUCAACAAGACCGUUGCUUCUAAGAAAUAUGGUGUCCACCUUGCGCGAUUCACACAUCACUCUCGUCAGGUCCUCCAUGGGAGUACCAAGGUUGAUAAUAAUCUCCGACUCCUGGACCUCCACAACGAGAGUUAUGUCCGAUACUUUGCUGGCGUGGGUGAUCAAGUAACCUGUUUGGCUCUGUCCCCUGCCAGCGAUGCCUUCGUGUCCUGCUCCAAGGACGACACAGUGACAAUUUGGGACCUUAAUUCUCGAAAUCCUCAAGGAAAGCUAAAAGUCGCGACCCCAUACCUUUCAGCCUUCGAUAACUCCGGUGCCGUCAUCGCAAUCGCCUCUCAGUCCACGUCCGUCGUGCUGCUCUAUGACUUCCGCAAUUUUGACAAAGCACCCUUCUCCACAUUUGACCUUGCACCAUGGGAAGAGAGAUAUACACCAUCGACACGAGGGCGGGCAUGGACCAGGUUGGAAUUUUCCAACGACGGCAAAUCAUUGCUCCUUGGAACAGACUACCACGGGCAUUACGUUCUGGAUGCAUAUGAGGGCACCGUCAAGGCCUUUCUGGCUGGAAAGGGCGGUCCAUCUGGUCGCGCGGCACCGGUGUCCGCAACAGGCAAACCCCUAGGGCAAGGAGAUGCAUGUUUCUCCCCCGACGGGCGAUUUGUUGUUGGUGGAAAUGGCGACCAGCCCAAUAUGCUCAUGUGGGAUAUUAACCAGGCCAGUGAGGGGGAUCCCUUAAUUCAGCCUACAUACAAAUUGCCCUAUUCAAAACCCACGGCCAUGGUGGAGUGGAAUCCACGAUACAACAUGAUCGCCAGCGCCGACAAAGAGAUUGUCUUCUGGGUCCCCGAGGAUUCUUCCAAAUCUUCUGAGAAAUAA